CUUCUGAAAAACGGUAUGGAGCUUUGCUAAAACAUUGCGUUUGUAGCUACUGAGUAAUUUUCGAACAAAACAAGCUAUGCAAACUUUACUCUUGCCGGCGGCUCGCCCCGGCAUCGGAAGUGCACCAUUAGUUCCUCCACCGGCCGGAAAACCAUGGCGGUGUAGCUUCCUCCGAUGCUCAAAUACCCUAAUUUCGUCCCCCUCAUCGUUACCUUUUUCCCCUUUGAAAACAGAGCCUCUUAGUUCGACUCUAUUCAGACUCAUCAGCAAAAGGAACAGAAUCUUGGCUUCUGCUCCCGUUUCUUCACCCUUCACUUCCCCAAAUGAAGAGUCUGAAAAAGCUAAGUUAGCUCAGGUUGCAAAAAGACUACUGAAUACUGCAAGCUACUUCAAGAGAUUGGGUACUCUAGGAUUUUGGGGACAGCUUGUAUGUACGCUUGUUGCUGCGGUGAUCCUUUCGUUUUCCAUUGCUAUUACAGGGAGGAUUACAUCGCCCUUCACAUUCUACUCAACUGCAGGCGGAAUUGCAGCUGCUUUCAUUUCAGUUUUUUGGUCAUUUGGCUAUCUUCGUUUGUCUGAAAAGCUUCGGAAGACAGCUAAUGACCCUUCAAAGGCUCCUCCUCGUGCUGAUGUUGUGAAAAGCUUGCAAAAUGGUAUAGUAGUGAACCUUCUGGGAAUGGGUGCUGCUGUACUUGGCAUGCAAGCAACUGUAGGUAUAUUGGUGGCUAAGGCUCUUACCACAUCAACUAAUCCUUACCAGACUUUGACUCCUGGGAGCAGUCCUGUGCUUGCUUUGGAUGUAUUUCUGGUUCAGGCAUCAGCAAAUACGAUCGUUUCACACUUUCUAGGUCUAGUAUUCUCAUUGGAGCUGUUGCGCUCAGUCACCUUACCAACUUCAGACAGCAUUCCGGUUCCAAGGAUUGCAUGACGUGCUUGGAAAAUCAACAUCAUAAGACUUGAGAAAGCUUCAGCGAUAUGCUUUUGAGAUCACAGCCAUGUAUUUACUGUAAUAUGAGUGACCUUCUCCUUGGUGACUUGCAUUAAAAUAAUUUUUGUUUUUCCAAUA